AUGCUGACCCUCUGGGCCCUGGUCGUCAUGCUGGCCGUCUACACAGGAGCAUUUGACCUGCUGACCCCACCUUUACAGCUGAGAAAACUUCCUGAUCUGAACGCCACCCUGCCCUCGCAGAUCGAGAAGAUGCUGAUGUGUGCAGAGCUAGAUCUGGCUGGUGUGCUGGGAAACGUGAUAUCCACAGUGUCCAGCUCCAACCUGUUGUCUGUGUUAGACCUCACUUCUCUCAAUAUCCUUGGAGGUGCUGGCCUUGGUGGUGUCCUCGGCAAGGGGAGUGGUGGCAAGUCCUCAAAUCUCCCAUUGCCAUUGCUCUCAGAAGCCACUGGUGUUGUAGGUGGCCUUGUACCCCUGGCCCAAGAGACUCUGGGCAGCCUACUACCCCUCGGUGCAGAGAAGAAUCCCGUAAAAGGACUCGUGGGCAGCCUACUACCCCUCGGUGCAGAGAAGAAUCCCGUAAAAGGACUCGUGGGCAGCCUACUACCCCUCGGUGCAGAGAAGAAUCCCGUAAAAGGACCUGUCAACGACAUUGGUCUCUCGAAUCUCCUACCGGCUGUGGGAGAUGACAGAGUUGACAAGCUCAAAGAAUCCGCUCAGGGCGUGCUAAACAGUGCAGUGCCAGCAGGCAUCACUAAUGGGCUCACGGGCCUGCUGGGAAAUAUUGGCCUGGAAGAUCUCUUGAUAGGAUUAGAGGUUCAAAAAGCGGCUGUGGAGAGCAUGACGACGACCACAACAGGCGACGGGAUCCUCAUCGAUGCAACAACUACCGCCUUCAUAGGUGGAAAAGGCCUAGCAGGACCCAUAGUCAACAUACUGGGAUUUCAAGUGCACAGUGAUAUGACUCUGAAAAUUGGAAUUUCCACAAACAACACCCAAUGCGUCAACCUCCAAGUCCAGGAGAAGGGCAUCAAAGUCAAGAAAGUGUCCCUGCAGCUAGUGGAGAUGAUCACAGAGUCUUUACCUGUGCCUCUGCCCUUGGAUGACAUCAUUCCUCAAGUGCUGACAGCAACAAUAAAUGAGAACAUUAAAGAAUCAAAAUCGUGUGACAUUGAUCUCAGUGAUUUCAAUGAAUGCAAGAACUCUACUGGCUUGUUCAAGUACCGAGUUAAAAGUUACGGACUUUCUGCAGAAGGUCUUUCAAUCCUCUACUGUGGCGAAGCUCUCUUUAACUCAAACCCAGUUCCCGUGCCUGGAAGUCCCCUUCCUGCAGAUCCUAAAAAUGCCAACGUUUCCCUAUCUCUGUCCCACACCCUACUCAGCACAAUCAUCGUUCAGAGUGCUAAGAGGAGCUCCGUGAAGGGGAAUAACCUGGAUGCAAGCAUCUACAAAAUAUCCUACUCCUUCCAGCCAGACAACAGAAUGCAAGUUAUCUACUGGGUUCCUGUGAAAAAGAAUGGUGACAGCUUUGCCACCGGGAAAACGACCUUAAUCAUCUCCCACGCGUGCAAGAUUUCAAAAGACAAAUUGAGAGCAGACAUCCAGGCUGUCAGCAUUCAACACAGCGUGAUACCACUUAAGGCUAAGGUCGAGGUGCAAGAUGUGAUGACUGCAGUUCUGAAAAAAUUUUUGUCUGCCUUUGUGGAAAAUUUAAGUCAAUGGAACGUUCCGCCAGGAGUAACCUCAAAUCCUCUAAUCAAUGCCAAAGUUGAAGUGCUUAAAUCGACCGAUCUUCAGGCAGCAAACUAAAUCCAGCACACCUGAUGCCAGAGAAUGUUCCAGAAUGAAAGCACUCUAAAACUUCUCUAAGAAAUAUUGAACAAGGACAUCCUUAUGAUUAAGCAGCCAAGUAGAAUAGUAUUCUGGACAUGUCAACUAUUCUUUGGACUCUCACCAACAUUACUUUGAAGUAACAAGUACAAAAAAAGCAAGGAUCCAGAGAUUUUUAGCAUUUUGUAAUCAUCACUUUAGUAAUUAACCUGUUUUCAUGCAAAAAAAUGACUCACUUGUC